CAGAAUUCGCUGCUCCAUUUGAUAAGAAUUUGAGUGCAUAACAAGAAUCUCGAACGUACUUCAUAGAAGUCCCGCGGCGUCUUCCCGAAGCGCAGCUACGGAGGGACCCCCAAAGGUUAUUUUACCAUAACCGAAGGAGGGUUCUCGAGGUAAGAGAUACAUCAUAAACAUUACGCUCUCGGGUCCUAGCAUCAACACCAUUUCACGUCUCUUUUUUGUGAGGGCUUCGAGACGAUUUGUUGAAGUCGCUGUGUCCUGUUGCAUUUUCCUCUCUGUUCCAAGUGUUGUCAGAGAGCUUGUACUACCAACAUAUAGGUAUCAGGCAGAGGGAUCUUCGUUUCAAUCCAUAAUUUCUUCCAGCAAGGUCUUAGUAUAUUCUCAUUGCUCUUCUCUUGAGCUUCAGUAUCGGCAUUUGCAGCGUUGAACACCAAUCUCCACCACCUAGCAAACCGAACAAACCAGCAAUCAUGGCCUGUGCGUAUUCCUACUCUUUAUAGCUACGAGUAUAGACAAACUAACAGCCCAAAAAGCUUUUUUGAAUACCACCUAUGCCGUCGAAGUCAUCACUACCCUCCCACCCUCCAUAACAAAACCCCAAGUCCUCUCCCUCCUACACGAUCGGAUCUCAAUGCUCGACCUAAACCCCCUUCUAAAAUCACACACUCUCCUCCCUCCACCGGCAAGCACAAACUUCUACGCCACCGUCCCGGCCGAGCACAAGGAUUUCACCACCGCCGAGAUCGAGGCGCUGCCAAUUUACAAAGUCGUGGAGGGCACCGGACCGGAGGAGCAAGAAGGAGGCUCGUGGCGUGGAGGAUGGGCGAAGAGGAUCAUACCCGGGGAGAUUAUUUACGAUACGAGUAUGCAACUGCGCGACGAUGGCAUGAUUACGUUGACGCAUGCGCCUAUGGGAGUUGGGACUGUUACGACGUGGACCGUCAAGGAGGAGGGGGGGAAGCUGAUUUUGGGAUUAAAGGGCGUGGUUAGUGCUAAUCGGAUGUUGAUGGGGUUCAUCAGGACGACUUUGCAAGGGAGUUAUGAUAAAUUGGCUGCGGAUUUCGUGGCAGAGUUGGAAAAGAGGGCUAGAGAGGAGGGAGUCGCCAAGGAUGGUGCUGCUGUUGGCGGGGUAUAAAACGUGCCUUCAUUGAAUCGAUGGGUAAGGUUUUCGAUGAACGGAUUUCGGGAACACGCUGGUUAUUGGGAUCAAUUGAGGUAAUGGUGAUGCGCAUGCACCAGCUUAUUAGAACCUGUAACAAUAAUAUACGAUGGCGGUGGCAGAGGAGAUUUUAGACUCGCAG